AUGGCUAUGUUAGAUCGACUUCCCGUACCAAUGGAGGAAACAGAGUUGGUAGAAAUGCUUAGCAGAAAUUUACGUCCGGAUAUCCGACAUGAACUUUUAUAUGUGCCCAUACUUUCGGUAGCACAUCUCCCAAAUGCUUCAGAACGCGUGAAUCGUACAAUAAUUGCUGCAACUAGAGCUUAUUUAAAGGAUGACCACAAGGAAUGGGAUGUAAAUUUAACGUUUAUAAGCUCCGCACUCCGAAACUCGCUGCAUCAAUCGUUGAAAUGUUCUCCAUAUCAUGCCUUAUACGGAUUUGAUAUGAUCAUACAUGGGUCAUCAUAUGAUUUGUUGCGUAAAAUGCAAGUGCUGGAUGAGCCAUACAUGCGAUUAGCCCGAGACGAUGCACUAUCGCUUGUGCGUGUGGAGAAAAAAGUCGCCCAUAAUUCGGAAAACCCGAAAAAUCUCGUAUCAUCAAAAGUUGCUAACAACAACGCGAAUAAUGGUGAUGCAGCAGAUAAUGUAAACUUCAGAACUACCCGAUCAAGAUCUAAGGUCACUGACCUCAGUAAAUUGCCCUUGAACUUGAAUUCUUCCACUUCUUUUGCUGCUGCUACUGCAUCUGAAAGUAUUGUUGGUGCUAACUCCCUCGCAGAUGACAAUGGUGUUGUUGUUGUUGGUCAACCAACUAGUGUGUGCUCUUCUGUUGAGCAUGCAGAUAACGUAAACAAAAAUAGUUCGCAUACUUUUCGCCCUUCUACACUGGCUGCUGAUAACUCGUCUUCACCUGCUGACAAAAACAACAACGCAGUAAGAGAUGACUGCAAACCAAUGUACUACAUGGAAGCGCUUUUGGGUCAGUUUUCCAGUAAAAGUUCUGUAAAAAUAUGGGCAGCCUGCCCAGUAUUUUUGGGUGUGGGCAUCGGACAAUCAUUCGCGACGCUAGCAGUUUUAACAUAUUACUCAGCCUUGAUAGCUCUUACUGUUUAUUAUUUUAUUGCAUCAUUUCAAUCGCCAUUACCGUGGGCACUUUGUAGGGAUGAAUGGGGAGCAAAUUGCGUAAGCUCCAGUGUUUUAAAUAAUGAAGAUAACAAUCAGACCGAAAGGUUGCAAAGCAGUUCUGAGCUGUAUUUCAGUAAAACUGUGCUUAGAGAACUUGAGGACAUAUCCGACGGCAUUGGAGUACCUAGUUGGCGGCUAACAUUAACUCUCUUGUUUGCUUGGAUCGUCACUUAUUUCAUUAUCAUUAAAGGAAUCCGAAGUUUGGGGAAAGUCGCAUAUUUUCUGGCAAUAUUCCCUUACGUAGUAUUAAUUACGUUACUUAUAAGGUCAGUCACAUUGGAGGGAGCCGGAGAUGGCAUUAUAUUUUUCCUAAAACCUGAAUGGGAUAAGUUAUUAUAUAUUAAGGUAUGGAAGGAAGCUGUUGUGCAGUGUUUCUUUUCUUUGGCUCUUUGCUUUGGCCCGAUUGCGACAUUUUCAUCGCAUAACCGUUUUCGGUAUAAUGUUUACCGAGAUUCUAUGAUAGUAACCACUUUGGACACUUUUACGUCUUUAUUGGCUGGAAUUACUAUCUUCGGGAUUUUAGGAAACCUGGCGCUCAACUUAAAUGCUGACAACAUUAGUGAAGUAGUACGUAGUGGCACUGGAUUGGCCUUUAUAUCAUAUCCCGACGCUAUUGCCCAGUUUCAGUUUGUACCUCAGCUCUUUUCGGUGUUAUUCUUUUUCAUGCUCUUUGUCCUGGGAAUCGGAACCUUAGCAGCACUGCAAAGUACAGUCGUUACAAUUCUUUGCGAUCAGUUUAAGUUGAAAAAAUUCUGGUUGGUUUCGUUGGCUGUAACAAUAAUAGGAUUUGGCGUCGGCAUAACGUAUGUGACCCCGGGUGGACAAUGGAUUUUAAAUCUUGUGGACUAUUUUGCUGGAACUUUUAUUGUAUUCUCUCUCUCAGUUUUUGAAGUUAUCGGCAUUACUUGGUUCUAUGGGCUUCGCAACUUUUGUGAUGACGUGGAAUUCAUGACCAACCGUAAAGUAUCAAUUUACUGGCGCCUUUGUUGGGGUAUAAUAACUCCAAUACUUUUGGCGGUAAUAUUUAUUUAUUCCCUUGUGGUUAUGGAACCGUUAACUUAUGCAACAUGGUCAUAUCCUACUUCUGUUGAAAUUUCUGGUUGGGUGUUACUUGUGAUAGGCUUUCUCCAAUUUCCCCUAUGGGGUGUUUGGUAUUUAUCUACACACAAAGAUAUCUCUUUUGGAAAGACAAUCAAAAAGGGCGUAACACCUAGUCCAAAGUGGGGUCCGGCAGAUCCAAAGAUACACGCAGAAUGGCUACUGCACAAGCAGCGCUUGGGUUAUUUACGCGAAGAAGAGCGCACCAAAAAGGGACUGAGCAACUUUAGGCAGAACUUUUAUUACCUGCUCGGUAUUUCUAAGUAAGGUUAGACUAAGGUCAUAUGUAUUUUGAAUUUUUUCAUUCAUUCUAACUUAAAGAUAUACAUACAUACAAUACUUACGUAUGUAUUAUCGUCCAUAUAGUAGUUUGUAUGGGGAUCUAUUUUUAUGCUUUUGUCAAGUACUUUGUACAAAGAAGUCAUGUA